AUGGAUGUGGACUGCAUGGAGACGAUGUCGGUGUCCUUUGGACCCAAGGUGUCCCUCCCGCAUGCUCGACUGCACGAUGCGUUCGAAAGCAUCGCGAAGCGCAGCCCAGAACUGGAAGCUAUCGAGACCGACGGUACCGUGCUGACGUACGGUGAGCUCAACUCUGCAGCAAGCACUCUGGCGUGCGAUUUGGCUGCUCACGGCAUGGUUGUGGAAACUCGUGUGGCUGUGAUUAUGGACCGGCGCGUGAAGUUCAUCAUUGGAUUGUUGGCAACGCAGUUGGAACCACGAACAGUCCAUGAAGUCGCUCAGCGCGAAACUCCUGUACUCACAGUGUCUUACCAACUGCUUGGCGACGAUACCAAGGAAGUUGUGCCUUCCUCGGAACACGUGGCGUCGCCAGCAAACGAAGCGUACAUUGUGUACAUGUCAGGCUCCACUGGAACACCCAAGGGGGUCCCUGUGCUUCACAUGAGUGCUGCGAAUGCCAUUGUUUGCCGAGCCGAAGAAAUCGGUUUCACCCCAGAUACCCAAGUGAUGCAGUUUAUGGCGAUUGGAUUCGAUGUGUGCCAAUGGGAGGUGUGGUCUGCAUUGUCCCAUGGAUCGACAUUGGUGCUGCGAAGUGAAGCUGACUUGGAGGGGUUGACUUCGGUGGAUAUUCUGACGAUUACACCAACAGGAUUAUCGCUCUUGGGAGAGCCUCCCAGUACCCCCGAUUAA